AGCCUCUUCUAUAAGCCAGCCAGCAGCCAACCUGCCAACACUUACUGACACUCACUCAUCUCAGAGGGAGAGGUGAAGAGGGAGACAAAAUACCUACCAGAGGGGGAAAAAAAAAGACCGAAGGAAGUCCACGUUUUGCAAACUAUUCCAUUUUUCUUCGCAUCCUACCCCCUCCCCCUCCCGGUACUUAAAAAAAAAAAGAACCUAUAGCUUUCCUACACGGCAAACCCCAAACGCGGAGUUACUGAGAGAAGAAACCGAGGUUAAAAAGAUUCCUCUUUUCUUCAUCAUCAUCAGCCAUCAUUCAUUCACUACCUUGACAUUCCAUGGCUUUGAUUGACAGCUGGAGUGGCAAAAAGCCAUGAGACACGACAGUUUGGUUACAUGUGGGUUGCUGACGGGCCGAUCGUAACCUUCAGAUUGGGGGCUUGACGAUUUUUUUUACAUUUUUUAUUAUUAUUAUUUUUACCUAAAGGAAGAAAAAAAAGAGGAAAGAGACAGAGAAGGGGGAAAUAGAGAAGAGAGCUCGGAGGACGAGGGGAAAAAGAAGAAAUUUCACAAACUCGUCGUGGUUCUUUGCCUACUUUUUAUUGCUAUUGCUGUUAUCUUUAUGAUUAUUUACGCCUACUGGAGAAGCCUAUAAGUGGGUCGGAAAGACAAAAAGGGGGGGAAGGGAUUCCUCUUCUGCUUCACUCAAUCACUUUUCUGUUGUUAUUGUUGCUGGACUGGGAUAUUAAAUAUAGGAUACCUCCAGGAGUUUAUUGGAGCGCAGACUGAUGGCUCAAAGGCUUUUCCCCCAGCCGCGCGAUUUCCCUGCUCCUCUCGAGCUGCUCAGUGGCGCGGGGUUCACAGGGGGGGAAAGGCUUGCCUGCUGCUGCCGCCGCCGCCGCCGCCGCCGCUCUUGCUGUGGCUGUUGCUGCCGCCGCCGCCUGGGAAACACAGCUACGGUUUGCGGCUGGGGUUGCCUUUGGUUUUGACAAGGACAACGGGGAAUUGCUGCUAAAUAAUGUUUUUGUACGAUGAGCUGCCUCAUUACGGCGGAAUGGACGGAGUAGGGGUACCGGCUUCCAUGUACGGAGACCCUCACGCCCCCAGGCCGAUCCCCCCAGUCCACCACUUGAACCACGGGCCGCCUCUCCACGCCAGCCAGCAUUAUGGAGCCCACGCCCCGCACCCCAAUGUCAUGCCUGCAAGCAUGGGAUCGGCUGUCAACGACGCCCUGAAGCGGGACAAGGAUGCAAUCUACGGGCACCCGUUGUUCCCCCUGUUAGCUCUGGUCUUUGAGAAGUGCGAGCUGGCGACCUGCACUCCCCGAGAGCCUGGGGUGGCCGGCGGAGAUGUCUGCUCCUCAGACUCCUUCAACGAGGACAUCGCCGUCUUCGCAAAACAGGUUCGGGCAGAAAAGCCACUUUUUUCUUCAAACCCAGAGCUGGACAAUUUGAUGAUUCAAGCAAUACAAGUCUUAAGGUUUCACCUUUUGGAAUUAGAAAAGGUUCACGAGUUGUGUGAUAAUUUCUGCCACCGGUACAUUAGCUGUUUGAAAGGCAAAAUGCCCAUAGAUCUAGUUAUUGAUGAAAGAGAUGGCAGCUCCAAAUCCGAUCACGAAGAACUCUCAGGAUCAUCUACAAAUUUAGCUGAUCAUAAUCCUUCUUCUUGGAGAGACCAUGAUGACGCAACCUCAACACACUCAGCAGGCACACCAGGGCCUUCCAGUGGGGGCCACGCUUCCCAGAGUGGAGACAACAGCAGUGAGCAAGGAGAUGGUUUAGACAACAGUGUAGCCUCUCCUGGUACAGGAGAUGAUGAUGAUCCGGACAAGGAUAAAAAGCGUCAGAAGAAACGAGGGAUUUUCCCCAAAGUAGCAACAAAUAUCAUGAGGGCGUGGCUUUUCCAACAUCUCACACAUCCGUAUCCUUCAGAGGAACAGAAGAAACAGUUAGCCCAAGACACAGGACUUACAAUUCUACAAGUAAACAACUGGUUUAUUAAUGCCAGAAGAAGAAUAGUACAGCCUAUGAUUGACCAGUCAAAUCGAGCAGGUUUUCUUCUUGAUCCUUCAGUGAGCCAAGGAGCAGCAUAUAGUCCAGAGGGUCAGCCAAUGGGGAGCUUUGUAUUGGAUGGCCAGCAACACAUGGGAAUCCGGCCUGCAGGUUUGCAAGGCAUACCAGGGGACUACAUAUCUCAGGGUGGUCCUAUGGGUAUGAGUAUGACACAGUCAAGUUACACUCCUCCCCAGAUGACCCCUCACCCUACUCAUUUAAGACAUGGACCCCCAAUCCAUUCAUAUUUGCCAAGUCACCCCCAUCACCCCGCCAUGAUGAUGCACGGAGGACCCCCUACCCAUCCUGGAAUGACUAUGUCAGCACAGAGUCCCACCAUGUUAAAUUCUGUAGACCCCAGUGUUGGUGGACAGCAUAUGGACAUUCAUGCCCAAUAGUAUAAGGGAACUCAAGGGAAGAAAAAAAAACUAUUUUAAGACUUUUGAACUUUGACCAGAUGUUGACACUUAAUACACAAUUCCAGACAGCUGUGAUUAUUUUUUACUUUUGUCAUUUUUCAUCAACAACAGAGGACCAAUGAAACAAGAACACAAAUGUGAAAUCAUGGGCUCACUGAAAACAAUUUAUGUCCAUGUAAAGAUCCUCUGGGAAAAAAAAGACUCCAAGAGUUAUAACUACUGUAGUAUAUAAACAUAGGAACUAAGUUAACUUGUAUAUUUCUGUUGAUCACUCCGUUACGUUGCCUCAGAUAGUUUUAGAAGGAGAAAAAAAUAUCCUUGUUUUCCACACUAUGUGUGUUGUUCCCAAAAGAAUGACUGUUUUGGUUCAGCAGUGAAGUCACUAUCCAUGAAAGACAACAGUAUAUUCCAGACCUGUUUUGACCAGUGAGAAAAGAACUACCCUGAAGAUGGAGAUCAAGUGUUGCUGGGUCUUUCAUCGCUCAGAAGACAGUUGCAAGAAGGCCUUGCCACCCCCUGGUUUUGUUCCUUCAUCAAUGUGUCCUUUAGUUUCAAACAGAUCUUUAUAGUUUGUGCUUCAUAAGCCCAAGAUAUUUUUGGACUCUUUUUUCAAAGAGCUUGCAAGUAAAGAUUUAAAAAGACAGAGCAGGAGCUUCUUCCAGUAAUUCUGAGCCUUGGCUUGGGACAAGACAAAUCCGAAGGUUGGGCAGCUUUCCUCAACAAAAGAAAAUAUUAAUGGUCUUUGCACCAAACCUAGAACUUUAUUACGAACUCAGAGCUUGGGAAAAAGCAAGAGAAUACUGUAACAAACUUCGUACAGAGUUCGGUCUAUUAAUUGUUUCAUGUUAGAUAUUCUAUGUGUUUACCUCAAUUGAAAAAAAGAAUGUUUUUGCUAGUAUCAGAUCUGCUGUGGAAUUGGUAUUGUAUGUCCAUGAAUUCUUCCUUUCUCAGCACGUGUUCCUCACUAGAAAAAAAAAUGCUGUUACCUUUAAGCUUUGUCAAAAUUUACAUUAAAAUACUUGUAUGAGGACUGUGACGUUAUGUUUUAAAAAAAAGGUGUUAAGUCACAAAUGCGGUAAUAAAUAUUUCAUUUUUGA